GCUGCUGCUGCUCACGCUCGACGAUGCCUCCCUCGACAGCGUCGCCGCGUGCGCCACCUCCGUCUCCUCCUCCCUCGGCCCCGCGCUGCAGAAAGGGAUCGAGCCGCUGGUGGCCGCGCUCGGCCGCGCGGACCCGGCGCGCUUGGGCGGUGGUACUCUGCGGCUGUACGCGGCGGAAAACGACCACGCCGCGGUGGAGAAGCUUGGAGCACGCGACGAGUACCGGGCCUUGCGCCUGCUGCCGCUGCUGGUCGACCGCGUCUGCACCGCCUGCGACGUGUCGGAGAGCGAGGUUGCCACCCGGGCAGAGCCGUGGCAGGGUGAGAUCGUCUUGAUGACGCCGCCCGACACCACGCCGCGCCCCCGCACCGGCCUCCGGCUGGUGCUCGCCCGCGCCCCCUUUGCCGGCCCGACCAUCCGAUUGCCAGAGUCAGACGCGGAGGCGCACUUUCUGCACCGGCGGAAGAUCCUGACGGUCAACGGCACGCACACCACCCUCGCCUUCCUCACGCUGGCGCUGCACGAGCCGCCGCCGCACACCGGCCUGCCCGCCGGUGACUACGAGCUGCUGCGCGCCGUCUCGGACGGCGACGGCGGCGGCGGCGACGAGGACGACGACGAGGUGCUCCGCGUGGAGGAGACGCACAGGAUGGUCUGGUCGUGGUGCGUGGCGAGGCAGCUCCUCCUCCUCUUCGAGUUCCCGAGCGAGGUUGCGCGCGCGGCGCUCGGCUGCCCCCCGGACGAGGGGGACGCCUCGGACCGGAGCCUCGCAGACGCUCUGCUCGCCGGCGCGCGCAUCGCAAUCGAGCGGCUCGGCCGAGGAGGCGACACGACAAAGCGCGUGCUGGGCGGCGGGGUGGUGAACCGGUUCGAGACGCGGCUCAAGCCGAUCGCAACCUUCCUCGACACGUCGUGCGCCUCCUCAAAGUGGCUGCGAGGCCCGUCUCAUCACGCGCGCCGCCUCGCCAAGACGGUGCUCCGGCGCGCAAAGCUGACGGAGACGGCGGUGCGGCUCUCCGUCCUUGGGCUCGUCGCCGACGCGGAGCGCUUCGCCGUGCCCGCCGACGGCGCGGGCGCCGGCAAAAAGCUGUGAGUGGGUCCGUUGCGGCGGCGGCGGCGGCGGCGGCGGCGGCGCGCCCCCCUGGUGUCAAGUUUGGGGGGGCGUGUGAGCGACUUUUGCGAGUCGGGAGGUUGUAGGCCAUAGUGUUACGCGACCGCGAUGCUUCCGAGGCGGAGUGGAGGCUCUGCGCGCUAGAGAUCGAGGACGAGGUCCCUCUCUCGCCACGAGAGCCACAGUCAGCAGUCUCGGGUCUCGCCAUUCCUCGCGUGGGCCGUGGCCAUUUUUUUUAUAGUGCCUGUGUGACACAUGAAGUAUUGCAGUCUGUGUGUCGUCAUGGUUUGAUCGAUCCUGUAGUAAUGACUACGAUGCGACA